CCCCAAGAGGAGCCGGAAGGAGGCCACUGAAGGAUGGUGGGGCUGGUCCUCUGCUCCAGGACAGGGGUCAGGAGCAGAAGGGCUGACUGGGACCCCCACCUUGUCCUCUCUCAACCUGCAUGAGGAGUCCCAUCCAGCCUGAGGGCGUCCAGCGGCCAAGGGUCACUGCAGUGUCUCUGCCAUCCUCACCAUGAACCUGGAGCUGCCCAAGGCCGAGAUCCGCUCAGCCACCAGGGUGAUAGGAGGACCUGUCACCCCCAGAAAGGGGCCACCCAAGUUCAAGCAGCGGCAAACCAGGCAGUUCAAGAGCAAGCCCCCCAAGAAAGGUGUCCAAGGGUUUGGGGAUGACAUCCCCGGAAUGGAAGGCCUGGGAACAGACAUCACAGUCAUCUGCCCCUGGGAGGCCUUCAACCACCUGGAGCUGCACGAGCUAGCCCAGUAUGGCAUCAUCUAGCCAGCUGCCUGGAGCCUGCAGCUGCCUGCUGUGAGCCCCAUUUAGGGUCCCUGUCCAGAGCCUUCAGUCCUACUUGCAUCUGGUCUCCAGGAUGGGGUGACCUCAGGCCCUGGAGCCUGCCACCUCCCCCAGAUCACCCUGCUCACCUUCCAAAGACCUUGGCCC